AACUAUCCCCACUCUUCCUGUUUCCAGCCUCGUGUCAGAGCUACUACUGACCAUAACUGCAGCUGAAACAAGAAGGAAAUGAGUUGGCUCCGUGCACACUUCAGAGACAGAGGUCCUCGCAGAAGACCCUCUUCAGAGACAGAAGCAAUGAAAAGGCAGAGCUCUGCUCAGGAGCAUGAGAUUAUUGAAUUACAGGAACAUAAUGUGGAUGAAAGUGAGACUGAUCGUGACAAGCCUCUAAAUGCUCAGACGAGAAAGCAGAGCAAAGGUCUGUGCAGAGGUGUCUACAGAGAGUGUUUGCCUUUUUCUGCUUGUGCUCCUGGAGGAAUCUCUCUUGAGAGAGAUCCCUGGAAAUCAUGCAGGAAUGUAAUUUUCUGGAAGUGUAAACUAUGGAUGGUUAUAUCUAUGAUAUUUCUAGUGAUCUUCCUGGUCAUUCUCAUCAGCCUAAUUCUUUAUUCUAAUGUUUACACAGAUGAGGAUGACUACUGGGAUCCUAAUGAAUUACUAAGCAAUGGAAAUUUUCACAGUUUUUCAGGAACAUUGGAGUUAAUGUGUGUUCUCCCACACUUCUCCUCCAAGGACAUUACCAAGAGGCUAACAGAGGUCUACAGCUCAUCUCCAGCUUUAGGACGAUACUUUAGGUCAGCUCAGGUGAUUUCUUUCAGUAAUGAAAGCUCCACUGUAAUUUAUCAGCUAGUGUUUUCUGUACCACCAUCAACAGAGGAAUUUAUGAAAAACAGUAUGAACCCAGAUUUUAUAAGGAACAUUUUACGUCAAAAUAUUUAUGAUGAAGAUACUCUUAAUCCUGGGACACCUGAAUGUGACAGGUUAAAGCUCUAUCCAACUUCUCUCACAUAGAAAUUAUGGAAAGAUUCCUCAUCUUCAUCACCACCUAAAAGAGAUGGGAUUCCCUAUCUAUAAGUAAUCCCAUGGCAGGAACUAUUCAUUAGGUAGAAACGCUUCUAAAAUUGUUGUCCUAGAAAUACUGCCUUUGGUGCAAUACUGUAAAUGGAAAAUGUGGUAUAUUUAUGACAGUGUUGUAUUGCUAUAGCACCACAACCUCCUUCUUCUAUAUCUCAGUAAUCCAUUUCACCCUUGAGAAAAUCAUGUAUUUUAUGCAUGCUCUGCUGGCUUUGAAAGCUCAGCUUUGUCUUGCCUUAUGAUUAAAUCUGAAUGAUCUGCAUGAGCUUUAAAAGCAGUCUUGCACAUGGCUCCUUUCUUUUUCUCUUGGCUUAUGCAAAAUUAUCUGUACAGCUUCAUCCUCAAUGCUCACUUCUACUCAAACUCAUAUCUGUUAUUUUUUUCCCUCCAAACUUCAUAUGCCACAUUUACUUGUUGCUCUUUCCUUGUAAAACAGCCUAAAAAUAUUUAGCCUGAAAACCUAAAAAUAUUUAUGUAUAUGUCUGUGUAUAAUGUAUUUGUAUUCUUUAAUUACAUGCAAGGCCUUUGCACUAGCUUCUUAAGAAUGCUUUAGCUCUCAUAAUUUCCUUAUUCUUCCUACAGUCUCCUUGGAUAAGGUGUUCUUUGCUCUGUUUUUCUCUUCUUCAAUGUGAAAUAUGAAAGAAGAAAGCAACAGCAUGAAGAGACAUGUCUUGUUCACUAACACAGCUGAAUGUCACAGGAAGAUUUAAAGGGUCGAAUUAUCAGUGUGCUUUUACAGUUAGCUACUACUACUAGUGAAUAGACAGAUACUUGAUCUGUUUUUGUAAAACUGAAGACUAGUCAAUAUCCUUAAUUUUAGUUCCUGCCCAGCACUGGUGAUAAAAAUGAACAGAUGUAAGGUAUUUGCCUUUAUAAGGCAGUAAAUAGAUGUUCUUGUUGAUGAGAGACCAGAUGAGAUGAAUCAGUGCCAAGAGGAAGGUGCUGAAGCAGAAGAUGUAGGCCAGUGUGGCAUAAAAGUUACAGACAGUAACUAGCUAUAGCAUAAAAAUUAAGCAUUAACUUUAUGCAGAAUUGAACAUAUUCACUACCAUGUGAGUGAAGUGUAUCUUGUCAUUUAUUUAUAGUCCUAUAAAUAUUAGUACUGUUGCAUAGACCUUUUAUUUUAAGAAGCAUUUUGUAUUGUAAGAAAUAUGUAAUGGAAAAUUGUUUUCUCUAAU